UGAUUAAUUACGUGGUCAAAGUGUUGAGAGAGAACGAUGGAAAAGGUUACAAAAUUUAUAAGAUGUCCACCGCAAUUUAACGAGAAUUUACUGACAGGAUCACUCACAGUUUUAAUGCUCACUGAACCAACCACUUUUAGAGUUCCUCCAUCAUCAAGUAGUAAGAAUGAAUUUUCUAAUGCAAUUUUUGAUUUAGCGGCUGCAGAAGAGAAAGAAGGAACUGUUAAAGUUAAAAGUUCUAAGACAGGUUAAUUAUACCAGUUAAAAAAAUUUGCAAAUUGUGGAAUAAUUUUAAAAUUCAAUGGGAUCUGAAGUUCCAGAAUCUUAUCGAUCAUCUGAAACAUAUAGAUCACCUGGGCCUCGUAGAUCAACUGAAUCUCAAUCAUCUUCAAGAAGAUCAUCAGGAUUCAAACAGAGAUUAUCUCAAUUAUUAUGCUUAUCAGGGGAGCCUGAAGAUUUAAAUCCUGUUGAUAUUGAAGAAGGGGUGGAGUUCAAUGAAUAUAAUCAACAUGAUAGAGGAAAUGAACAAAAUGCAUAUCUUGGAUCGGAAGAGUCCAAAUUAAGUUCUGCUGAUGUAUUAGAAAAUAAUCGUCUAUCAAAAUUAUCUCCAAGAAAAACAAACGAAAGUAUUUUUGAUGAUGAAGAUGAAGAUGAAGAAGAAGAUGAUGAAGCAGUGGAAGAUGAAGAAGGAUAUGAACAAGAUGUUAGGUUGUCAUCGAAAUUAUCCGAACGAGAACAGAUAUUAAGUCAAAUUGGCAGCGUGAGAAGUAGUUUGAGACAUUCAAGAGAACAUGAAAAAGAUCAAAGGUCAAGAGUUAUUAGUGAUUUAAGGAGUAUUCUUCAAAAUGAUAUUGACAAUGAUAGUAGAAAACAGUCGAAAGUUUCUAAAAUUAGCGAUCCAAGAAGUAUUACUUCACGAUCUUCAAAAAAAUCAGAAGAACCAGUAUUUUGGGGUGUUGAUGUCGACGAAGAUUAUUCUGAUGGACGAAAAUCAAAGUUAUCAUAUAAUGAAGCAAAAAUGAUGACAAUAGAUGAAAUAGAAAGAGCGAUUCAACGAUCUAGGAAAUCCAGAGUAUCUGACAAUAGACUGAAACCAAGUUUUAUUUCUGAUAAAGAUCCACGAUCAUCGAAAUUAUCUGAAAGAGAGUACAAAAAAUUAAAUGAAGUUGGAAGUAUUAAAAGUAGCGUGAGACCAUCAAAAAUUUCUAGCCAAGAGCAAAGAUCAAACACUAGUAGCGAUUUAAAGAAGAGUUUUGACAAAAAUAGUCUUUCGAUUGAUAGUAGAAAACAAUCCAAAGUACCUUCAGAUAAAUUUGAUGAUGUAAAUCUUUCUCAACGUCGUCGGUCAUCAAGAGAACCUCAAAUUGAUCCCAAAACAAAUGUAGUUGUGGAUAAAACAAGUAUUAUCACUCGACAAUCAAAAAUAUCAGAAAGAGAUGGUGAAUCGAAUAUCAUAGAUGAAGAAAGUGUUAUUCGAAGAUUAUCUAAAAAACCAGCAGAUUCUUUAAAAUUGAGUUUAGAUAAUGAUAAACUAUAUUUGAUUUCUGAAGAUGAUGGAAGACGAUAUUCUGAUGAACGAAAAUCUCGAGAAUCAAGCAAAGAAGCUAGAUUAAGUAGAAAAAGUGCAGAGACUGGUAGCAAACGAUCAUCAAAAAAGUCAGGAAGUGGCGUAAAGAUAAGUUUAAUUGAUGAUAGAUUUGAUUAUAAGCCCGAAACACGUGUGAGCGUUGAUGAAAAAAGAUAUGAUGAAGGACGAAGAUCUGAAGAAUCGAUAAAAGAAGGUAGAUUGAGUAGAAUUACUAAAGAGAGUGUAAGUAGAAAAUCAUCAAGAAGGUCCGAGAAAUCAAGAGACGGAUUAAAAUCAAGCAUAGUUGAUGAAAGUUUUGACUACACAUCAAGAUCAAGUUUUCCUUCAGAUGAAGAGAGACGUUCCGACAUACAAAAAUCACAGGAAUCAUUACGGGAGCCGAAGAUAAGUAGAAUUCAUGAAUCAAUUACAAGCAAACGGUCAUCAAAACGAUCUCAAGGAGAUCGAAAAUCACUUUUUGUUGAUAAUUUUGACAGCAAACGAGUUUCGAAAUUAUCAGACAGUGAACAUAAAUGGAUUAGUGAUGAUUCAGACAGUGAACAUAUGAGGCAAUCAGUUGAAUUUGUGAAGAGACCAUCAAGUAUUUUUUCUAGAUCGAGAAAUGCAAGUAAACAGCAGUCAAUUGAUUUAGAAAAAGGAGUAAGAACAACUUUACUAGACGAUUUAGAUGCUAAGAGGUAUAGUGGAAGAGCUGAUUCUCGAGUUUCUCGAAUGGAUAGGCCAAGAUCGGUAUUUGAAGAUACUGAUAUUAUGGAUCAGACGACGCACAGAGUGAGUGAUUUAGAGAGACAAUUAAUAUUAGAUCCAAGAUCGUUAAAGUCUCCAACUCGAUCAUUAAAAUCAGAAGCAAGACCUACAGAUAUUAUGGAUCAGACGACCUUGAGGGUGAGUGAUUUAUCAAGAAAAUUAAAAUCACAUGCACAAUCGAGUCAAGCUGGAAGGGAAGAUAUAGUACAACGGCCAUCUUCAUCAACACGUGCAUCCUGUCAUUACUCUCCAAAGCAUUCAUUUAAAUCAGAAGUUGCAAAAGAGUAUUACGCAGCACCAAUUGAUAAAGUAUCCGAUCGAAAGAGUAAAAGUUGGAAACAUGAGAUACCGAGUUGUUCAAUGAAAUGUUCGAAUCCAUCAAGACUUCAGGAUGGAAAAGUUCAAAAGAAAUGUCAACGUCAGAGGCGAGUCUUUUGUUUCUUGGCUGAAGAUUUUGUACAAGGAUUUUUCUGA